GUAAAUGAAAAAAGCGAUCAACUUACGGCCAAGGAUGAUGAACGACAGAAUAAUCCGGAACUGAAGGAGCGGAAAUCAGAGGAGCAUGACGAAGGCGAUACGGAUCAAGAUCGCGAUCUGGAGAAUGUUGACGAACGCAAUCAAUCGGACGAAAUGAACCCUGAUGAGCAGGAAUGUAAGGACGCGGAACCGAAAGAUGUUGAUGAAGAGCAAGCGGAUAGUGCGAAUAAAGAUGAAGAUCAGGAACACAAUGAGGACGAGGAGUGUUUAGCGGACAUAAUGGAUGGUAAGAAGUUGGACGAUGAUGAGAAUGGAACGGGCGAGGAUAAUGAGAAUGAGCAGGAGGAAGAGUGCAAUGAGAAUUUACAAGAGGAGAGUGCGGAACAACAGGUUGGUGGAAUUGUAUUUGUUGUGAUUUGUUUUGCGUUCAGAUAUGUUUAG